GAUGUCGGGUUUAAUUCCAGCGAUGGUGAUGGCAACACUGGUCACUCUGCCCAGCUUGAGUUCGGCCCAGUGCUUCGGCGGGACCAUCACCAUGGAGAAGACCGUAGGCGUGGACUUCAACGAGAACUCGCAGCCCCUCUUGGCCAAGCAGGACGCGGCCGUCACGAGCGAGUGCACGAGCAUCUGCAAGGGCACGCCGGGUUGCAAUGCCUUUACUAUCGACUACAGCACCUCGAGCUGCAAAUCCUACGACAGGACAUCGAAGGACCGCCGCCGAUCGCUCAUCCCGAAGCAAGGGUUCAACUUCUUCGAGAAAGUGUGUCUUCGAGGAGUCGACUACAACCAGCUAUGCGGCCAGGAGAGGCUGUGGGCCUUCGAACGCGUGUUGGACGCCUACUUGGAUGGCUUCGACAACAAGACCAUUCCUAAUGUCGACAGCAGGGCAGACUGCAUGAAGUUCUGCUUGGUUGAGACGGAGUUCACGUGCAGAUCCGCCGAAUACGACAAAAUCAGGAAGCUCUGUCAGCUGAGCAAGGAGGACCGACGAACCCGACCCACCGACUUCAUUUCGGCGCCAGGGUCCGCGAUCGACUACUUGGAGAACCAGUGUGUCCGAUCACUUCCCGACUGCCGCUACGAUGUGCAAAACGACGUGAUGGUGAUUUCAAUGGAUUCGCUGGAAUUCGCCAACGUUCAGAACGACUGUCAGAGUCUUUGCGACAAGACGAGGUUCAUGACGUGUCGUUCUUACACGUUCGAUAGCAGGGAGAAGAGGUGUUAUCUCUCUGGUGAUGAUUCUGUGUCACUCAACAAGACUGUACUACCCAUCAAGGCUGGAGUUGUAACAGGGGAGAAGCAGUGUACAGUCAGUCAGUGCGAGCGCGACCAGGGAACGAUCAUCUACGAGAAGAUCACAGGUCAGACCGUGAGGACAGCCAGAGAAUCGCUCUACAACCUGGAUACAUCUCCAGGAGGCAUUUCAGAGAAAUGCGCACGGCAAUGCAUGGACGACUCGGGUGAGUGCCCCGCCUUCGCUGUCGACUACAUCAACACCCGCUGCUUCAAACUCGACCGAAACACUCAAGGUCGAGUUCAAGACAUUGUCGAAUCGCCGGGGAAGAGUUAUUUCGAGAAGAUCUGCGUGAGAGCGACCCUGCCCGGUCAGUGCCGAGGCCGCACGUGGCAGUUCGAGCGAGUGAUUGGGAAAGAGCUGCGAGGAUUGGACGAUCAGGUUUACAAUCUCAUCCAGAGUCGUAGGGAUUGUAUUGAGCGCUGCCUGCAAGAGACCGCCUUCCAGUGCCGAUCCGCGGAGUACGACAGCACGGAACUCACCUGUCGCCUGAGCAGAAGAGACAGGAGGUCGUCCCCAUUGGAUUUCGUGGAUUCUGUGUCGCCGACGGUGGAAUACCUCGAGAACCAGUGCGUCCCAGUGGAUGAUACCUGCCCCUACCAACGUACUGACAGUGCCUACCCAACAUACCUGGACGUCACUGUUGAGAAUGUAGUGUCGGAAUUACAGUGCCAGAGAGAAUGUACAAAUUACAGGUCUUUCAACUGCCGCUCUCUUGCCUUCAGGCCAACCGGUUCUCAGUGCUUCCUCUCUGGAGAUGAUACAAUUUCCGGCGGUGGUGAAGCUGCUAAACAGAACCGGCCAGGCACCAUCUUUUUUGAGAGAGACUGCCUUGGCGGAGGAAGUGGUGGAGGAGGAGGAGGAAUUGGAGGCGGCGGAAUGAAACAAUCUACCUGGGAUGUUGAAGCUUAUCCCAAGGGUCAGAGUAAUUUGGUGCAGUCUACCCAGAAGUCUCAGGUUGGAGCCGUUUUCUAUGUUGAGACCCCCAAACACAGCUUCAUUUACACUUUAAAAGCACCCUUGUGCGACUUCUUGUUCCAAAUAGAUCGCUGUUCCCUCGGCGGACUCACCUAUGAGAAGAUCACAGGGUAUGAGCUCUCGGGGGUGAGGUCGGAGCUGCUGACAUCUAGCGGGACGCCGGGUAAGUGUUGGGCUGGGCAUCCACCGCUGAGUGCGCUCGCCUCUGCGCCAACACGGAGAACUGCAUGGCCUUCAACCUCGACUACAACAGGGUGGAGUGCUAUUCCUUGGACACACCGGCCGCUGACGCCCCUACGAACCUCAGGACCUCCAGUGGCGUCGCUUACUUCGAGGGCGGUGUUUAGGAGGAGUGGCGGAUGUGGCCUUCGCUGGACCUACGAGAGAGUGCCAAACUACGAGCUCCGGGGCCAGGAGAGGGACACCUACAGUGGCAUCAGCAAAUCCGAGUGCAUGGAGAAGUGCCUGGACGAGCGUCGUUUCGUCUGCCGUUCAGCUAGCUACGAGUAUUCGCGGCGCCUCUGUCGGGUGUCGGAUCAGAACCGGUUCUCUGCCCCGGCGUCGUUCCAGGCCGCCCCCAACGUGGACUACAUGGAGAACCAGUGCGCGCCCAAGCCAUCCGGGUGCCGCUACACGAACGAUCAGCGUGACCGUUUCCUCAUCUACACAACGAAGACAGUGACCGCUUUCAGUAACGAAGAGUGUAUGCGUGCAUGUGACGUCGAAAAGGAAUUCAACUGCCGUGCGUUUUCGUUCAUGAGUGCGGCUGGCACCCCCCGCGACCAGUGCUACCUGAGCGGAGACACAGGCACCAACGCCGGAAACAACGCAUUCCAGUUCCGCUCCGGUGCCAUGUUUGCCGAGAAGGAGUGCACUGAUUAUACAGGAAUGACAACAGCGACACCACCAAUCACAGGAGGAGUGCUCAACUGCCGGUUCUCGACGACUUACGACAAGGUGAUGGGCGUCGAUCUGCGAGGCGCCAGAGAGGAGAUUCGGGCGCGAGAUCAGCUGGGCAUCACCGUCGACUGUCUGAAGGGAUCGCGACCGUCGCAGGGGACAGGUGUCUUGCGGUCACCCUCGAGACGUCGCGCCUCGACCAGCGCAGUUUACGCCCUCGAACGCGAACGCGCCGCUGGGUCCGACCCGAGCGCGCUGAGUUCCGCCCCCGAGGUGUCCUACUUCGAGAAAGUCUGCAUUCCGGAAACCACUUGCGGAAAAGCUUGGACAUUUGUUCGAGUGAUUGGCCACGACUUGCGCGUCAAUGGUCGAAUCCUGAACAACGUGCCAACGCGAGCGGAGUGCCAAGCCGAGUGCCUGCGUGCCUCAGACAUCCCAUGCAGAUCUGCGGUGUACGACUUGCGCCAACGUACAUGUAAGCUGAUGGCCGAAACCAGAAGGACGGAUCCGGACAAGUUCGGCUUCAGGUCACGUGAUCUCGAAUUCCUGGAGAACCAGUGCGCUCCUGACCCUCCGAACUGCGACUACGCCAACUACGAGGGCCGCUUCUUGCCUUUCUUCGACCGCUUCUUCACCAACGUCUUCGACCCCGCGGAGUGUAAGCAGUACUGUGACAGCGAGAGGGACUUCGCCUGCAGGAGCUUCAAUUUCCAGUCUUUCAGAAGAGAAUGUUCACUGAGUUCGGACGACACCUUCACCGUGGGCGGCCAGAACGCCUUGCAAGUGGAGAGGGAUUACUUCUACGCGGAGAAGGCUGCGUGCAAGACAGUGAAAGUCGACUGCACGCCCACGGACAUGGUGGUGACCUUCAGCUUCGGCACGGCGUUCGAAGGGCGCAUCUACGCCACGGGCAACGCGCAGGCGUGCUUCGAGAUGGGCAACCGGCAGACGCAGGUCUUUUUGAGGCUGCCUCUGGGAGCUACCUGUGGCACGCAGGAGGAG